AUGCAGCCCCGCGCGCCGCCGCCCCGCCGAGGGUGCCCUCCAAGGCCCUGCGCGCCGCACCCGCCCGCUCCGCCGCGCGCCCGCUCCGGGGCCACCAGGCUCCUGCCCCGCGUCUCCGCGUCUCCGCGCCGCGCUGUGUCCCCCGCCGGGCCGCUUUAUCUGGCCCUCGCCACCCCGUGUGAAGCGGCGCGUCGUGUGCAAAAGCCCGCGGGGAAGAGGGAGGGGGUGGCCGGCUGCAAAGGGCGCCCCGGCGCUGCCCCCCGCGCACCUGUCCCCUGCGCCCAUGGGGCCCGAGGAGCCGACCUGCCUGCCACGAAAAGCCGAACAGCCUCCGCCCGACGCGGCCUCUGGGCGUUGCUGAGCUCACGGGAGCCCCAGGAAGCCCGACAAGCAAACGACCAGGCAGAAGGUGCCAUGCAUGGUGGUACCGCUGAAAGAAGUCGACCCGUCCUUUGUGGCCACCCACUGGAAGCAGCGUCUUCCCACCAUGGUUCCUGGGUGCUGUGGGCCUGUGGCCCCCACAGUGCCUCUGAUAGGUGCCCUCUAUGUAGAAGGUUCUUAGGCCUGGUGACCUCUCUGGUUGGUGGCUCCAUUAUCUCGAACACCCUUGGUCACCAGGACCAGAGCAUGAUGGAUACGGCCCUUCACAGAGACAAUAGUCUGGGGUGCCCACACCCUUGGGACAGGGAGCGGCUCCUUCAGUCUCUUCUUCUACAGAAAUCGUCUUAUUAGGUGACAAGGUACAAAGAAUAAGGAUGGCAGAGCUUGCCUGCCUUGCUGGGGUCUCCAGCCAGUGCCUUUCUACCUCCUCUGGACUGAGUGUGGAAAACUGCAGACGUCCUAAUUUUCUUAAGACGUAGUCUAACCACCAGCACGCUCAGUAUUACUUGGUGAAGGUGUUAAAGUGCAGGUUACCAGUCCCUGCAUCAGACCAACUGAAUCAGAACCUCUGGGCACGGAGCCUCCAUAUUUCCAAGAUUUUCAGGGGAUUUCUGCACAGCGAAGUUUGAAGCCCUGUGCAAAAGCUCUUGCAGGUCAUCUCAGAUAUGUAUUCACCUGAUCUGCCUGCUAGAUUAUAAGCCGUUUGAGAGCAGGGAUGAAUUUUGUACUUCAUUUUAGCUCUGCUCUGAACACCUACGGGGGCACUGAAUUAAAUACCUGUGAAUUGGAUUAAAAUAAAGUAGAAAAACAUAGGGCUGGUUACUUAGUGAGAGUGAGUGAGGUGGGUGCUGUUCCUAGGAGAUUCCUGCUGGGUGAUCUCAGGUAGUUUUAAAGUGUCCUAUGCUUGGAUUUGUGUCUUAGAACCUAUUUGAGGUGAAAUAUUUAUGCUCUAUGAAAGCAUGUCUUAUGUCUCUCGUUCCCGUUAAUG